AUGCCUGUUCAUCCUGUGGUUCUCCACAUCUAUGAUCUCCACCGGUCUUUUAGGGGCGCCAACGUGUUCCUGAAAGCUCUGGGCACAGGCUUCUUUCACGUCGGAUUGGAAGUACAUGGCAAAGAGUGGAGCUUCAGAAGUUCUGCCAGUGGGGAAGAGGCAGAGGUGUCAGGCAUCUUUGACUGCGCCCCUCAAGGUUGCGAUUCUCCGUCUGGCCACGCAUACAAGGAGUCCCUUGUGCUGGGGGAGACUUGUUUCUCUCAUGAUGAUGUGGACAUGCUAGUGAACUACCUGGCAUCGGAUUGGAAAAUGAGCGGGUAUGACUUGAUUCGUCGGAACUGUUGUCACUUCUGUGAUGUGCUGUCCAUGGCGCUUGGUGCGGGCCAUGUCCCGCCGUGGCUCUGUAGUGCUGCGGCUGCGUUACGGGGGCCCCGCUGCAUCUGCGGAGAAGAGGACCCGGUGCAUUUGAAGGACCUUCACCAUGCCUGCACGGCGGCCGAGACAAUCAAAAGCCUCCAGGCGAGGGAACCGAAGCUGGCAUCGAUCAAAAGAGCCAAGAAGGUGCGGCAAGCUGCAGGCCGGCGCCACAGCCGCAACGUGAAGGAUCCUUCCACACUCUCCAUCGGCGGAGGGCUUCCUGAUGCAUUGUCCAAAGACCAAGGCGGAAGCAGCUGCGAGGUGAUGAUGGGUACAUGCGCCCAGCAGAGCAAUGUGGAUCAUCUGAAGCAGGAGGGCCCGGUGUUGCUGAGCAAUCGUCGCUCCAAUCCUGCGCUGCCCUUUACGUGGCCUCCGAAAGAUUCCGGCAAAAGCCGGACUGCAGAUGAUGUUGGACAUGCAGACAAGGACCAAAUGAAAGUGGUGCUGCAAUUGAAGCAUGCAGAGUUCUGCGCGUCUUUGUGA